CUGUGGCAGGGGCGUGAUCCGGCGGUCGGCCUCGACGAUGCCGAUCAGGCGGUGGUGCUCGCCUCCAUCGUCGAGAAGGAGACCGGCGUCGCCGAGGAACGCCCCCUGAUCGCCGGUGUCUUCCUCAACCGGUUGCGCCAGGGCAUGCGGCUUCAGGCCGACGCCACCGUGAUCUACGCGGUAACCGGCGGCAAGCGCCCCCUGGGGCGGCCGCUUUCCCGCGCAGACCUCAGGGUCGAGAGCCCGUACAACACUUAUCGCAAUGGCGGCCUGCCGCCGGGACCCAUCGCCAAUCCCGGGCGGGCCUCGCUCGCCGCAGUCCUGAAUCCGGCCGAGACGGACGCGCUCUAUUUCGUCGCCGACGGCUCCGGCGGGCACGCCUUCGCGGAGACCCUGGACGAGCACAACCGCAACGUCGCGCGCUGGCGCGCCAAGCGGGCUGCGGCAAAGAAGAAAUAG